AUGCCUCCAAAAGAAAAAGUUGAAUCCACAGAGCAGCUAUUGCAGGCGGUCAUUCUUGCUGACAGUUUUGACGAGCGAUUCCAGCCCAUUACUCUUGAAACUGCUCGAUGCCUGUUGCCUCUUUGCAAUGUUCCGCUCAUUUCAUACACAUUCGAGUUCCUAGCUGUUGCUGGUGUUCAGGAGAUCUAUGUCUUUUGUUGCUCUCAUUCCGAAAAGGUCAAGGACUAUGUCAAGCAAUAUGAAAAGACAUCCAACAUGAAGAUUCAUACGAUCGUAUCACAGGAGUGUUAUUCGGUCGGAGACGCCAUGAGAGAACUUGAUGCUAAGCAGUUAAUCGAUACGGAUUUCAUUCUUGUCAGUGGAGAUGUGGUCUCAAACAUGAAGUUGGACAAAGUCUUGGAGGAACAUCGUGCCAGACGUCAGGCUGAUAAAAGUGCAAUCAUGACCAUGGUUCUCAAGAAAGCUAGUCCACAUCACAGGAGUCGAGCUGUAGGUGAUGGAUCGCUUUUUGUACUGGAUCAGUCGUCAAAGGAAUGUUUGCACUACCAACCUGUCAAGGCGUUCAAGAGUACACGCCAGGAUCGGAGAAUGACUAUGGAUAUGGAGAUUUUUGAAAAACACCCCGAAAUCCAGAUCCGAAAUGAUCUGAUUGAUUGUCAAAUCGACAUUUGUUCUGUUGAAGUGCCAGCAUUGUUUACAGAGAAUUUCGAUUAUCAGGACAUCCGAGCAGAUUUUGUCCAUGGUAUCUUGACUUCAGAUCUGUUGGGCAAGACCAUUCAUUUCCAUGAAGUCAGUGAUGUCUAUGCAGCCCGUGUCCGGAGUACACAAAUGUAUGAUGCCGUUAGCAAGGACAUCAUCUCUCGAUGGACAUUCCCGAUGGUACCUGACAGUAAUUUGCCAACAGGGGAUUGCUAUGAAUACAGGCGUGGAUUGGUUUAUAAGGAGAAGAGCGUGGUUCUCUCCAGAACCUGUGUCGUGGAGGAAAAAGUGGUCAUCGGAGCAAAUACGCAGAUUGCUGAGAAUUCUGUGCUAUCUAACUGUGUCAUUGGCAAGAACUGUGUCAUUGGUGCUAAUGUCAAGAUCGAUAAUGCAUACAUUUGGGAUAAUGUCACGGUCAAGGACAACUGUGUGGUUCAGCGUAGUAUUAUUGCUAAUGGAGCAGUUCUUGAACAGGGAGUGACUGUCAGCAAAGGUUGCUUAAUCUCAUUCAAUGUGAUCAUAGGAGCCAACACGACUGUACCACCUUAUAGUCGUAUUACCGCCUUACCUGAUGAGGAAGAAGGAGAAGAUGAACUGGUAUCAGAGCCUGCUGUCGUUGGUGCUACAGGUCACGGCCGCUCGUUCAAGGAAGCAGAGGAUUCAGAUGAUGAGGAAGAUCAAGUCGAUCCAAGAAACAAGCAGGUGAACCGUUUAGCAUUUGAUAUGUCCGCACUCAACUUUGAGACGCUACAGCAAGAGGAAUCUGCGUCUGAAUUUGAGAGUGAAGCAUCAGAUGUGGAGGAAGAUGAGGUUAACCCUGCAGAGGAACUGGACCGUGAGAUUACUCAAACCUUGGAACGUGCUUUCAAAGAGGAUCAUGAUGUGGACAUUGCAGCCCUAGAGUUAAACACAUUGCGUAUGGCCUCUAAUUCCAAUUUUCAUGAGAUGCGCAAGAGAAUUAUCCCUGGUGUGCUCAAGAACAUCGAUUUGAGCGCUAAAGCUGGUUCCAAGAAGACAGUCAAGGCGGUUCUGACACAAUGGGGCCCUCUUAUUGGAAAGAUGAUUCAUGAUGAAGAAGAUCAAGUUGAUGGUUUGUUUAUUUUACAAAAAGCAUGUGCAACCAUAUAUGAGGACCCAGCUCUGGCACAAAAGAUCUUUGCACCUACAUUGCGGUACUUUUAUGACGAAGAAAUUGCAGAGGAGGACUCUAUCUUGAAGUGGUAUCAUUCUGAGGCAAGCCGGGACGGCACUGAGACGGAGAAGAGACUGCACAAAGUGGCGACUCCUAUGAUUGAAUUUUUGGAACAAUCAGAGUCAGAAGAGGAUGAUGAAGAUGAAGAUUCGGAGUAG